AAUGGGAAAUGGUACUUGUAAACAAUAACCACCUUCUCUUGCUACAAUCGAUCUUAUUGAUCAAAAGCAACAUCUUCCCAACUCCUAAUAAUAAAGUCCUACAAAGCCGAACAUUGAUUCUAUUAAUCCAACUAUAGCUAAAUCAGAGGACGAAGGACCUAACAUAAGUAUUGAAGUAGAGGAAGAAGGUUGUUCUAUAUGUAAAGUAUCGUAAGCUGACUCACCUACUAAGGAGAGAUCAAAAAAAAGGUAAUCAUAUGAGGAUUAAUUCUUCCUUGAUUUACUACAUUAAGAUAAAACCUUAUUUAGAAGAUCAUCUUAAGGAUAAAGCAUUAGUCCUGUUAGAAUUAUAGCCACUUAACAUAAAAAAAAUAAAACAUCAUUUAUUAUAGAACAUACGGAGUUAAUUAAAUUAAGAUAAGAAGAAGUAGAUGAAAUUUCUAAGCCAAAAUCAAUUCUGAAAUCCAGUAAUCUUUCAGAAAAAUCGUUCUCAAGUCAAUCACAGAAAAAAGUAAAGUUUGGUUUGAUUUAUAAAUAAAUAUGA